AUGUCAGGAUUAGAACAAUCAUUAUUUCAAUUAAAAUUCACAGCUAAACAGCUUAAUCGUCAAGCUUCAAAAGCAGCAAAAGAAGAACUUCAAGAAAAAGCCAAAAUUAAAAAAGCUUUAACUCAAGGUAAUCCAGAUAUAGCUCAACUUUAUGCUCAAAAUGCAAUUCGUAAAUCAAAUGAAAGAGUAAAUUUAUUAAGAUUAUCUUCAAGAAUUGAUGCUGUUGCUUCAAGAGUACAAACUGCUGUUACUAUGAGAUCAGUAACUGGUAAUAUGACUCAAGUUAUAAGAGGUAUGGAUAAAGCUUUACAAACUAUGAAUUUAGAAAGAAUUUCUCUUGUUAUGGAUAAAUUUGAAAAUCAAUUUGAAGAUUUAGAUGCAAGUACGAAUUAUUAUGAAACUACUACUAAUAAUGUAAAUGCUUUAACUACUCCACAAGAACAAGUUGAUGAAUUAUUAAAUCAAGUGGCUGAUGAAGCUGGCAUUGAAAUGAAACAAGGUUUAAAUGCUACAAAAGUUGAAGUAACAAGUCCCGUUCCAAAUGCAAUUUCAGAAGAAAAAGAAGAUAAGUUGGCUGAAAGAUUAAGAGCUUUAAGAAAUUAG